ACCGUAUCAUAUGCGUAUUUAUUAUCUACCAUCCCCGACUAAUAUGUAUCCACCAGGUGGAUAUAGAGUUAGUCAUUUAUGAAAGGAGAUAGGAUUAAUACCCUUUCCGGUCGCGUCAAAUAAAAUUGAGCAAACAGUGCAAGAAGAGAGGGUUAGUUUUGUGAAAUAGCUCGUGAAGUUCAAUAUACCAGAGUUGAUACUGGGGUGGACGAACAGAUUUGAAUAGUGGACAGAUUGUGUGAAACAUGAAGACGAUUCUGUUUGCCAUCGUGGCCAUGCUGGUGGCCACGGGUGGUGGUGCUCUCAGACAGAUCCAGGAAUUGAAGGAUUUCCAGCUGGAUGAAGUCGUUCCAAACACGUUCAGUCAACGAGGGUUCAACGGCAGUUGGUUGUCGGACAAGGAGUUCAUCUAUCGCAAUUCUAACGGUGACUACGUCAAGUACAACGUUGAGAGCCAGUCGGAAACUGUAGUCCUGAAAGCUGGCAGUCUGGCGAAAUGGAGCGGGGUAUCUGUAACGUUUAUAAGUCCGGAUGUCGACAAAGCACUGAUUCGGUAUGCCACAAAAAAGAUCUUCAGACAUUCAACGCUCUCCAAAUUCGUCGUAUUGGAUAUUAACUCUGGAAACACCUACGAUGUCGCCAAUGCUGAAGAUAUAUCUGUAUGUAUCGUGUCUCCGAAUGGACAAUCCUUGGUGUACGUGAAGGACAACAAUGUCUACUACCGUGCAGAGAUACUGAGCACCUCGGAGAUUCCGUUGACUACGGAUGGAGUGCCCGGAAUUAUUUACAAUGGUGUUCCGGACUGGGUUUACGAAGAGGAAGUUUUUGGGAUGGACUCCACGCUCUGGUUCUCGGCAGAUGGAAGUCAUUUAGCCAUGGCUAGCUUCGACGAUACCGAUGUGAAGGAGUCUUCGUACUACAUCUACGAUGAUCCCCAUGAUCCUGAGUUCCAAUAUCCGAAACAGUAUAAAGUGCGUUACCCCAAGGUCAACACUACCAACCCCACGGUUCACCUUAGGGUCAUGAACCUGGCAGAUACAACUAAAUGGCAUGAACUUUCUGCACCAGAGAUAACGGUUUCCGAUGAUCAUAUUCUCGGAGCAGUCAAUUGGAUCGGUAAUGAUCUCGGUGCAAUCUGGCUGAGACGUAGUCAAACUGGUGUUACCUAUCAGCGCUGCAACGUAGAAGCACAAGUCUGCAGGCAGAUGAUCGCCGUCAAUGAAGAAAACGGUUGGUACGUGCUGUACACUCCACGCUGUACUAAGAGCGGAGAUCGCUGCUUUUUGUUAGCAAAUGUCAACGGUUGGCAACGAAUAUGGUAGUUGAAUGGAGGAGACAACAUUGUUUACAAGUCUCCAGAGAAAUACGCGGUAACCAGUAUUGACGGAUACGAUGAAUCCAAAGACCACCUGUACUACACCGCUGUUCCAGCCAGCGCACCUCAAACGCAACACGUCUACCGCAACGGAGACUGUCUAACGUGUAGUCUCAAGGACAAGUUCAGUAACAACGCCCCCUGCAACUACGCUAGCAUUUCCUUCAGCACUGACUUCUCGUACUUUGCAGCAACCUGCUCGGGCCCUACCCCCUCCUACACCCAAAUCUACCGAACCCAAGGUCAGCAGUUGAUCGCCGACUGGGAAACCAACGAACAACUGCGCACCAAAUUGGCCCCCUACAAGGAAACCCAGGUUCGCUUUCUCAAGGUCCCAGUUCACAGACGUUUCAAAGCUUCCGUUCGACUGUACUUGCCACCGGAAAUCGACUUUGAAAACCCAGACAACAAUCAGGCAACCUACCCGAUGAUCGUUCAGGUGUACGGUGCACCAAACUCUGCUCAAGUGAUCGACACCUUUACCGUGGGAUUCGGAAACUACCUGACCACGACCAAGAAAACCAUCCUCUGCCAGAUCGAUGGACGCGGCACUGCCAACCAGGGCUACGACUUCCUGUUCUCCAUCAAGAAUCGGCUGGGAACGGUCGAGGUGAAGGACCAGAUCGCUGUAACCCGACAUCUCCAAAAGACGUAUAGCUUCAUCGAUCGGGACCGGACCGGCAUCUGGGGCUGGGGCUACGGAGGCUACGUGACAUCGAUGGCUCUGGGAAAGGACUACGAGUGCGUGUUCAAGUGUGGAAUCUCCGUUGCUCCCAUCACCUCGUGGAUGUUCUACGAUUCGAUCUACACGGAACGGUAUAUGGGGCUGCCGCUGCCGGAGGACAACGAGGGGGGAUAUGAAAUCAGCGAUACAAUGUGGCAGCAUGUGGCCAGAAUAAAGAAUCACAUGUUUCUACUGAUCCGCGGCAAUGUCGAUGAUAAGAACUCGAUGGUUUUCGUGCGGGCCAUGGAGGAGGGGGACGAGAAUCUCGAGCAGAUGCAGUUUCCGGAUGAAGACGAUGACCUUGGAGGUGUUAGGCAACAUCUGUACCACAAGAUGGACAACUUCUGGAAUCUGUGUUUUGCAUAAGGUGACAUUGUUUUUGGUAUAACAUACUUUUAAGGGGUCAUAUAUCUCUGGCGUUCGAUUUGAAUAGGUCCUAUCAGCAUAUAAAUCACAGAAAACAUACGUCCUAUUCAAAUCGAACGCCAGAUAUGUUAAGGUGCGUAAAAAUAAUUAAAUGUUUGAAUUUUUGUAAAAGUA